AUGAACAAGCCACUGUUCAUGAGCAUUGUUGAUCGAUUCUCCAACGAAGUUCAAUAUUUUCGGAAAAAGAGAGAUGGUCUCGGAAGGAUUAGUCUCUCCCCCUUACAAAAGUGUACUGCAGCCAUUCGUGUCUUGGCAUAUGGUUCUGCGGGUGAUAUGGUUGACGAAUACCUCCGGCUCGGUGAAGCAACAACUCGGUUAUGUGUAGAAAAUUUUGUGGAAGGCAUAAUCAAUUUGUUCGGCGAUGAGUACUUAAGAAGACCAACACCGGCUGAUCUAGAACGUCUACUUGCUGUUGGAGAGUAUCGAGGUUUUCCCGGAAUGAUAGGAAGCAUCGACUGUAUGCACUGGGAGUGGAAGAAUUGUCCAACCGCUUGGAAAGGGCAAUAUUCUCGUGGUUCAGAUAAACCAACGAUCGUUUUAGAAGCGGUUGCUUCAUACGAUCUCUGGAUAUGGCAUGCAUUUUUUGGACCUCCAGGUACAUGCAAUGAUAUUAAUGUGCUUGAUCAAUCACCUGUUUUUGAUGACAUAAUUCAAGGUUAUGCUCCGCAAGUCACUUUCUCUGUCAAUGGAAGACAGUAUCAUAUGGCUUACUAUCUCACCGAUGGUAUUUAUCCAAAAUGGGCUACUUUUAUCCAAUCUAUUCGUUUACCACAAGUGCCGAAAGCAAUUUUAUUUGCUAAAAAACAAGAAGGUGUCCGAAAAGAUGUCGAGCGUGCUUUUGGAGUCCUGCAAGCUCGCUUUGCCAUUGUUAAAAAUCCGGUGCUGUUCUGGGAUAAAGAUAAAAUCGGAAAGAUUAUGAGAGCGUGUAUCAUACUUCAUAAUAUGAUAGUAGAAAAUGAACGAAGUACAUACACUCAGUAUAAUGUUGAAGAGUUUAUCGAAGGAGAAGAUAAUGGAAGCUCACAUGUCGAUGGCAAUUUCGAUAGAGAUCACAGAAAUGGUGUGGCCCAUAGGAUGGUUGCAGAAGCAAGAAUUCGUGAUCAAACAACGCAUCAAUAA